UCGAUUUAUAUGAUAUUAUAUGUUAAGGGUAAUGAUUUUUGAUUAUCACAAUAGUUGGAUAGAUACUAUCAACAUACAAUGUUCUCUUAGUUUUAUCUAUUUUUCCAAUAAAUGUUCAGAAAAAAAUAAGAAUUUGUUCUGUCAAACAUGAAACAAAAUUAUAAAACUGCAGUAACAGAACCAGUGCGGUGGUGGGGUAUUUGAAUUGACAGAAAGAUUAAUGGAAAGAAUAGGGCUUCAGAAACUACUUAAUAAAUUCAUAUGUCUGUGAACUGAAUGAAACUUUGAAUGUAUAUAAAAUUUUGUUGGUAUAUAUGUUCCAAUAGCAAAAUUAUAUAUAUUUUCCUUCCCUUUACUUGAAAUGGGUGACAUGAAAAUUUAUAAUCUAAUUUAUCCAAUCCUCCUUAGGACUGAGUCAACAUCAUUUAAAAUCAUUGAGCAUAAUUAUUAGUAUCUGAAGCUACUUCACACUAACAACGAUGAACUGGCUAUCCUGACUUCAUGCCUUAACUUCACUGAAUAAGUGGCUUCUACCUUUAAAUAAUAAUUUUUUUUUUUCCUAUGGGUGCCCAUCUUGUCUUACAGCCAGUAUCGCUUUCGGAAAUAAAGAAUAUGGCUAAUUUCACUACAAUGAGUGGGUUUUUUCUCAUGAGUUUCUCUGGCAAUCCUGAGAUAGAAAUCUUAAAUGCUUUUUUGUUUUUAGUCUUAUACUUAGGGGCUUUAACUGGUAAUAUUCUCAUUAUCACUGCAACUUCCAUGGACAAUAGUCUCUACUCACCUAUGUAUUUCUUCCUGAAACAUCUCUCCUUUUUGGAUCUGUGCUAUAUUUCUGUGACUGUACCAAGGUCCAUUUGCAACUCUUUCAUGCAUAGUGGCAAUAUUUCCCUCUGGGAGUGCAUACUGCAGUGUUUUGCAUUCACUGUCUGUGCUUCUUCUGAGAUGGCCAUGCUCACAGUGAUGUCCUAUGACCGCUACGUGGCCAUCUGCCUUCCACUGCGCUAUGAAAUCAUCAUGGAUGUCAGCGUCUGUGUUCAUGGAGUUUUAGCUGUCUGGAUCAGUGGAGUCAUCUCUGGAGUCAUGCAUACAGCUGCUACUUUCUCCAUCCACUUUUGUGGCAAUAUCAUUCACCAGUUCUUCUGCAAUGUCCCCCAGCUCCUGAAACUCUCUUGUUCCAAUGACUAUGUCAGUGAGCUUGGGGUCACUGGCUUCCUGCCCUUGGUGGCCUUUCUUUGUUUCAUCUCUAUUGGCCUCUCCUACACACACAUAUUCUCUACUGUGCUGAGGAUUCCAUCUGCUAAAGGCAGAGCCAAAGCUUUUUCUACUUGCCUCCCCCACCGUGUUGUCAUAUUAUUUAUCUCUACUGGAGCUUUGGAGUUUCUAAACCCACCUUCUAACUCUCUGACUGUGCUAGACUUUUUCCUCACUGUUUUUUAUACUGUUGUGCCCUCAACACUCAAGCCAGAGAUCUAUAGCCUGAGGAAUAAAGCCAUGAAGGUAGCUUUAAGAAAGGUUUUAAAAGAAAGAACAUCCUACCUGUUUUGCUGAAACAAAUCUAUUAAUUCCUGGUUGGGAGACAAAUUCAAAAUACAUUCGAAAACAUAACAAAGCCAAUCAAGAAAUUAAAGCAAAUAAAGAACUCAUAAUAGGGAAAGUUAUUAUAUAAAUGAACUGUCAUUGAGCAAUAAAAACAUUGAAACAUAGAACACAGAAUUACAAGUGAGUUACUCAUGUUAAUACAGUAGAUUUAAAUUUCGUCCCACAAAGCCAGGUGUAGAAAAAUGUAAAUUUCUUUAAUUUUACAGACUCCAAUUUAAUUUCCCUUCCCUACCCCUUUUUAUCAGGGUGACAGAAAACUCAGUCAAUUUAAGAUUCCUUCCUCAUUUUUCCUGAGUUGCACUGCCGUUUGGGGUAUUACAUAGUAUACUAGCAUUGAGGAGUCACCUGGCUCAAUGUCCUCUGGGAAUUUGGGGGUCUACUAAGAUUCUAUUAAGGUUUCGCUCUGCAAGGGAAACACACUCAGUGCUUCAAUCAGACAAAGGUCACCCUUGAAAAGUCUCAUUAUAUCAUUUAUAUUGCUUCCUCGGGGGCAAUGAAUUACUUUGUCACUUGUAUGGAUGAUUUAACUAAUAUAACAAUCUGAAAGAGACUCUGAAAUAUAUGCUUUUCAAUAGUAAAAUGAAUGAAAGAAAAAAUACAAACAAUAUUUUAAAAAAUAAUAUGCUGGGAAAAAGAAAAGUUGCAUUUGAAAAAUAAGCAAAACAUUAUAUAAGUAUAAUGUAUAAUGAUUGAAAUUUAAAACUCCACAGAUGGAUUAAGCAGCAGACAAAACACAAAGCAAACCAGAAUUAGUAAACUAAAAGAUAAAUCAAAGUUUUUUCUGGCAGAAUGAAUAAAAAUAAAUGAAGUUAUUUUAAAAAGCAUAAAAAAUAUAUUUCAGUCCCAAAAUGAAAAAGAGGGUGCAAAAUUUACCUAAUAAUAGUUCCAGAAAGAUCUAUUGCUCUAUUUGUCCAUUUUUUAAG